AGUAGGGAGCUGCGGUCUUGCCAGUCAGCUAGCGCUAGCUAACACUUCUCCACAGUGAAUAGUUAACGAAAGCGUUGACAGCUGACUUGUUUGUACUAAACUUUUGAUAAUGGCAGCUGACUGGGAGGAAAUUCGUCGGCUUGCCGCGGACUUCCAGAGAGCACAGUUUGCUGACACAGUGCAACGGCUGUCGGAGAGGAACUGUAUUGAAAUCAUUGCAAAACUGGUUCAGGAGAAGAAGCUGGAUGUGGUGCACACACUCGAUGGGAAGGAGUAUAUCACCCCGGCACAGAUCAGCAGGGAGAUCCGAGAUGAACUCUACGUCCAUGGAGGCCGAAUCAACAUCGUGGACCUCCAGCAGAUUAUCAAUGUGGACUGGGUCCAUGUUGAAAAUAGAGCAGGCGACAUUGCAAAGUCUGAUAAGGGGGUUCAACUUGUACUGGGACAACUUAUUGAUGACACGUACCUGGACCGUUUAGCUGAGGAGGUGAAUGACAAACUGCAGGAGGCUGGUCUGAUCAGUAUUGCAGAACUGUGCAAGAGCUACGACCUCCCAGGAGAUUUCUUAACUGAGGAGCUGUCGAAGCGUCUCGGGAAGCUUAUCCAAGGAGAGAUGGACCAGUACAACAGGGGAGUCAUAUUCACCCCAGCUUUCGUUGCUCGACACAAAGCCAGAAUACGAGGGCUUUUCAGCGCCAUAACGAGACCGACACCCGUCAGCAGCAUGAUUGGAGCGUUUGGAUUUCAAGAACAUCUCCUGUACUCUGUGUUGGAGGAGUUGGUGAAUACCGGACGGCUGAAAGGAAGCGUGGUCGGAGGGCGACAGGACAAAGCUGUGUACAUCCCCGAUAUCUACUCCAAAACACAGAACACCUGGGUGGACUCUUUCCUCCAGCAGAACGGAUAUUUAGAGUUCGAUGCGUUGGUCCGACUGGGGAUCCCCGACCCCUCCAGCUACAUCAAGAAACGCUUCAAGUCCAACAAGCUGCUGUUCCUCAGAGCGGCCUGUGUGGGUCAGGCUCUGGUCGACCAGGUGGAGGCCUCUGUGGAGGAAGCCGUCAAAUCCGCCACGUGGACCGACAUACAGCCGAUUCUGCCCAGCUGCCUGUCGAUGGAGGACGUGGGGAUGUUGAUCAACCAGGCCAUGAGGAACACUGACGUCCAGUCGUCUGCCAGAGUGCUGGGAGGCACCGUCGUCGUCAGCGAGAAAUUCAUCAGCAACUGCCUGUCGUUAUUCGAUGAGGCCAUGCAGCAGAAAGCUCAGAAGGAAGUGAAGAACAAUCCAGUGUUUCUGAUAACUGAGGACGAUUUGAAGCAAGCGUCCAUGCUGACGGAGAGCUCGGCACUUUCCAAAAAGGAAAAGAGAGAAGCUGAGCGCAGGAAGAAGGCCACAGAGGGCAGCGUGAAGGCGGGUGGAGGAGGAAACGCCAGAGAGAUCCGGAUUCGUAAAACCAAGAAGAAAGGCCGGAGAGACGAGGACAGCGACGAGGAAACCGGACCUUCACAGCAAAAUCGUAGCAAACAGACUGAAGCCCCCUUCAUGGCCCAGGAGGAGAUCGUAGCUGUUUUGGAGGAGAGAGUGAGUGACUGCCCCGAAGAAAUCCUCUCUGAGCUGGCAGAGCAUUUAGUCAGGCCUCUGACCAAAGCCUACCAGGAGGUGCUGCGGACGGUGUUCAUGUCCUCCAGCAGCUCUCCGUCGGGGGCCAACAGGAAGAAGAGCAUGAAGGAUCUGCAGGAGGAGAUCACCAACCUCUACAACAACAUCCGCCUCUUUGAGAAAGGCACCAAGUUCUUCUCUGAUGAGACCCAGGUCCACAUUGCCAAGCACAUCCUGAAGACUUUGUGCACCGACGUCACUAACAUCCUGGUGAACUUCCUGGCUGCGGACCUGAUGAUGUCUGUGGAGAACCCCAGCUCCAUCACCAACGAGGUCAGAGUGAAGAUUUUGGGGAAACUCUCAGAGGAAACCAGAGGGCCGCUCAUGAAGCUGCACAACUGCCUCAACGGCAAAACCAUUGAAGACUUUCUGACCAACAUAGAGACCUGCGCUGAGGUGUGUGGGUUCAUGCUGAAGAAAGGAGACAAGAAGAAGGAGAGGCAGGCCCUGUUCCUGCACCGUCAGGCUCUCGCUGAGCAGCUCAAGGACACGGAGGACCCGGCUCUGGUUCUCCACCUGACCAGCGUGCUGCUGUUCCAGGCCAGCACCCACUGCAUGCUGCACGCCCCGGGCCGCUGCGUGCCUCAGAUCAUCGGCACGCUCACCGGCAAAAUACCAACAGAGCAGCAGCAGCAGCUGUCUGCCUACCAGAGCCUGGUGGUGAAGCAGCUGGUGAGCCAGAGUCAGAGCAGGAAGCAGGAGGAGGCUGAGGGCGAGGCAGACAAGGCGGAGGAGCAGGACGAGGAGGCCAGGAGCGUCCGCUCACAGCUGAUGGCCCUGACUCCCCAGGUGAAGGAGCUGGUGUUGUCUCAGAAGAAGACAUCUGUCAAUGAGGACUGAACAUUUCGAAGAUUAGAGAAGUGAAAGUUGGAACUCAUCUAUGAUGAACCUUCUUUUCAUGUUUGGAUAAAUACUUUAAAGACUGCUACAUCAGCUGUUAAUACUGUAUUUUUGUGAUUUAUCCAUGUAAACAUAAUUCUAAAUUAUAAAAGUAAAUUCCUUUGUGGGAUGUCUCACUGUAAACCCAGAUAACAUGAACAUCCUCAAUGAGGCUCUGAUUUAAUGCAUUAAAACUCAUUUCUUUCCCGCA